GGACUUCCCUCCUUAUAUAAACGUAACCUUCCACUUAUUUUUUGAAGUACAAACACAUUCUCUCUCUUUCUUUCUUUCUUUCUCUUUCUGUCUCUCCCUGUUUCUUUUCAGCCAUUCAUUUUACACUGAAAAUGGGUGGCUUUAGUUUCAGAAGCUUCACAUUUAUGCUCUUCAUUGCUUUCCUAGUUUGGUCUUCAAGUUUUGAUACUUGCAUUGCUAGAAGAGGCAGACAUUGGAGACACAGACCUACUUCAGCUUCUCUGUACAAAAAGAAAGGAAAAAACCAUGGUAGCAGGAGCAGCAACCAUAACCAUAAUGGAGGGUCAAAACAAAAACCAAAACCUCCAUCCCAUAAAGCUCCAUUGCCUCCUGCUCCUAAGCCACCAAAAGACUAUACACCACCAUCAACAUCACCAAUCAAAGGCUCUGCAACCUUUAAUGUGCUUGAUUUUGGUGCUAAGGGAGAUGGAAAGAGUGAUGAUACAAAGGCGUUCCAGGCUGCAUGGGCAGCUGCUUGUAAGGUGGAGGCAUCAACAAUGCUCAUUCCAGCAGAAUAUGUAUUCCUUGUGGGACCCGUUUCGUUCUCUGGUCCAUACUGUCAAGCAGACAUUGUAUUUCAGCUGGAUGGAACAAUUAUUGCCCCAACAAAUUCCUAUAUUUGGGGUAAAGGUCUUUUAUGGUGGAUUGAAUUCACAAAGCUUAAGGGAAUUACAAUUCAGGGAACAGGCACUAUUGAUGGGAGUGGCUCAGUGUGGUGGCAAGAUUAUCCACUUAACGAUCCUGUAGAUGAUGAAACAAAGCUCAUUAUUCCACUAAACAAUACAAUAGAAGAACACCCACCAAUGCCAAUAAAAAGUGAACUCAGUAAGAAAAUGCCAAGCAUCAAGCCUACAGCACUAAGAUUUUAUGGAAGUUUCAAUGCCACAGUCACAGGCAUUACAAUUCAAAACAGUCCUCAGUGCCACCUCAAGUUCGACAAUUGCAUGGGAGUCGUGGUACACGAUAUAAGCAUCUCAUCACCAGGCAACAGUCCUAAUACAGAUGGAAUCCACCUACAGAACUCCAGAGAUGUGCUAAUUCACAGCAGUAAUCUUGCUUGCGGUGAUGACUGUGUUUCUAUACAAACUGGAUGCACAAAUGUAUAUAUACACAAUGUGAAUUGUGGUCCAGGACAUGGAAUCAGCAUUGGAAGUCUGGGAAAGGAUAAUACCAAAGCCUGUGUCUCCAACAUAACUGUUCGAGAUGUCAUUAUGCACAACACAAUGACUGGUGUCAGAAUUAAGACCUGGCAGGGUGGAUCAGGCUCUGUGCAGGGGGUGCUAUUCUCAAACAUACAACUUUCUGAGGUUGAACUUCCAAUCGUGAUUGACCAAUUCUAUUGUGACAAAAGCACAUGCAAAAACCAAACAUCAGCAGUCGCUCUAUCAGGAAUCAACUAUGAAAAAAUCAGAGGAACUUACACAGUAAAACCUGUACACUUUGCCUGCAGUGAUGCCCUACCAUGUAUAGAUGUAAGCCUAACUACCAUAGAGUUAAAACCACUGCAAGAACACUAUCACAUGUAUGACCCUUUCUGUUGGCAAACUUUUGGGGAGUUGAACACUCCUACUACCCCUCCAAUUGACUGUCUACAGAUUGGUAAGCCACCAAACAAUCGGCCUCAGUCGGAUCAUGAUGCCUGCUGAGCUUUACCAGGUGAAUUAUGGUGGAUUGACUUGUGUGGUUGGCAUGAUUUUCCAACCCCUAUCACACCAUUAAAAUAUUUAGGUAAAGGUUAAUAUUUAGGCAAUCCUUUUUAAAAGGAAUUCUUCUUCAGCCGGAUUACAUUAAAUCCUAUUGUGUGAUAGUAAUACAGCCAGUAGUACUAUGAGCUAGAGUAUGAUAGUUGAGUAUAAGGAAUCUUGUUUGCUAUAAUAGAUUGUUUAAUUGUGAGAGAGAGUAUAGUGCUUGAUUGUUGGAUGUACAAUAAAUAAAUAAUAAUCAAUGGAAUUUUGAAAUUUCUA